ACCGAAUCAAGAAUAAUCUGAAUAUUGAUCGCGCGUAUCUCCGCGGAGAGUCUUGAAAGUGCCCAGGCGGAUCCUGAUUCAAAGAGAUUCAAGAAAGAUAUGACAAGCACAUCAAUUUGAUCUUGCCUAAACACAUCUAGCUUUGUAAUAUCUCCCCUCCCCACCUCCAUCCGUGGUCUGCUUCCUUAUUCAACGCGAGGCUCAUUUCACCAUGGCGGACGCAAUUCCAGCGCCAUCUACGGGCAAGACGGCCAUCAUCUUCGGAGCGACAGGAGCUGUGGGGACACCUUUGCUCGAGACGUUGCUGCAGUCCCCCACCUUUGACAAGAUCCACUCCUUUCAGCGUCGCGCUACCGAUGGACCUCCCAAUCCCAAGCUCAUCACUCACACCGUCGACUUUGACAAGCUGGUGGCAAAGGAUGAAGAAGAGGUGAAGCGAGUCAAGGAGAUUGCGGCAGAUGCAGUCUUCAUCACCCUCGGAACGACACGCGGAGCUGCAGGAUCUGCUCAGGCUUUCGAGAAGAUUGACAAGGACUACGUCUUGGCUGCUGCUCGCGCUGCUGCCAGUCCCGAAAAAGCUUCCAGCAACAAGGUGGUGUACUGCUCCUCUCAAAUGGCCAAUUCGGGUAGCAGAUUCUUGUACACUCGCUCCAAAGGAGAGACGGAAGAGGGACUCGCCAGCGCUGGGUAUUCCGAGACGAUCUUGUUCAGACCUGGCUUCCUCGCACAAGCUCAGAGGCCCAAGACGAGACCUCUGGAAGUUGUAUACGGUGCUCUUACUGGAAAGGUGCUCUCCCGCUUCAGUGACGGGGCCGAGAUCCCGGUGCCUAUCCUAGCGCGAGCGAUGCGCUUCGCGGGUGAAGCAGGAAGCUCAGAUCUUACUGCCAAAGGGGUCGGAAGCCCACCCGUGGAGGCCUUCAAGCGGCCUGCUGGCUCAGCUGUCACGGUGCUGACGAACGGCGAAGCUUUGCGCCUCGGAAAGUCCUUGCUGUAGAGGAUGGGACUAGACACUGCAGCCAAAGGCAACAUCUCGUGAUACCCAGACACAUGGUCACGCCGGUGCCCGUUCCAGCUGUGUUCAGCAGUGCAGUGAUCUCCGAUACCACAAUGCGACAAUUCAGGAGCCAAAGCGAUCAUCCGAUCGAGCUGUGUCUCAAGCCAGCCGAUACUCAACAUGUGAUUCACAUACCCUUGCAGACUGCGAGCGAGCAAUCUAGCGCCCAUGAUCCAUUCACUCUAGUGGUGCCAGACGUGAUGCAGAUCUGGUGCAAGGACAUCGAUUGCAGUCUUGUUACUGAAUGCGAAUGAUGGUCGCCCGGAGAAGCGUGACAGAUUGUGGGACGCGACAGUAGAGGGAGGGAGAUGACCAAGACGGAUGGCGAGGUGCGCGAUACUAAGUCGAGCGACGUCACGCGGGGUGAAAGGGCUUUUUGGUAAAAGCAAAUGAAUGAAGAGGAGGA